AUGCCGAAGGGCGGGAGGCAGAGUGGGCCCAGUUCACGGGGAGCAGCACAGCGGCGCCUCCACGCCUGGCCUGCAGGGGAUGGGGGGCUGUGCAAGGCCCCCGGGCUGGACGGGUCAUCGGAGGGCUCUGUCUCCCCAGAGAGGACCAGGCAGCUCCUGUUCCGCGGGGCCAAGGCCUGCGUGGACCACGCGUGGGAGGAAGGCUGCGCUGUGGUGGACCUGCCAGAGUCCCCGAAGCCGGGCCCCAUGGAGGCCCCUCGGGCCACACGGGGGCAGAUGCUGAUCGGACCAGACGGCCGCCUGACCCGGAGGGGAGCCCAGGCCUUCGAAGCUGCUGCAGUGACGUCCACGAGAAAGUGCUCUGUGCCAGCUGUGCCAUGUUCGAGGCCUGAGGGCCCAGCGGACGUGGCCUUCCAGGCAGGACGGCCUCCCGGUGCGGACGCGCAGAGGGACCCUGGGGGGGCGGUGGGGGAGACAGCUUUCUGUUGGAUGUUUUGUACUGAUGACUGAAUAAAUCCUAUAUAUUUGGAC